AUGAGUUUGGUGUUAUCAAGUGAUGCAAAGCCCAGAUUGAAAUGGACUCAAGAACUGCACCAAAGAUUUGUCGAUGCCGUUAUUCACCUCGGCGGCCCGGAGAAGGCUACUCCAAAAUCCUUGAUGAGGGUCAUGGGCAUUAGUGGGCUCACUUUGUACCACCUCAAGAGCCAUUUACAGGCAAAUAUAUAUAUAUAUAUAAAUAUAUUGUUUUUAUUAGAUGAAAUUAAUAUCUGUUUUUUUCUUGUUAGUCUCUGUUGGAAUAAGAAAAAAUCACUUAAUUAUGCUUUUUUUUUCAGAAGUUUGCAGGUAGCUCAAGCUCUGCAGAUGCAAAUGGACGUGCAAAAGAAACUUCAUGAACAAAUCGAGGUGCAAAAGCAUCUGCAGCUAAGAAUCGAAGCGCAAGGAAAGUAUCUACAUUCUGUCCUGAAAAAGGCACACGACACGCUUUCCGAAUACGGUGGUGUUCGCUCGAUUGAGGUGGAACAAGUAAAAGCACAACUUUCCCAGUUGGUGUCGAUGGUCGACUCGGGAUGUUCGAAUUCGUCAAUUUCAGUGCUGACCGAAAGCGACAGCUCAAUGUUGCAAAACCGAAGAGAAAAUAAAUUAUCGAUCGGACAUCAUUAUGGUUAUUCGGUCGAGACUUCUCUUACAUCGUCCGAUAGCUCAGAAAGAAAUGUUAAUCAUUCUGAAAAAGAUCAUAAGCUGAAGCAAAAUCGGGUCGUGCUGCCGCUUAUGGAGAUGCAUCCAGCAAAACAAGAAACUAAGAGAAGGAAAAAGUGUGAUGAGUUGAAGGGUUUCGACUUGAAUUGCAAGUCGAUGAACGAAUCGAAUUCGGGCGCCAAAGGUUUAGAUUUGAAUUGCAAUGGAGUAGAGAUGGUUUGUGCCCCUUUUAGUGUGUAA